AUGGCGUCUAUCACGAUCGGACUUCCUCAAGUAUACGCGACCGAUGGAGCAAAAUGCCCUCCUCCAUCCAAUGACUUCAUCACAGGGUGCUGGCACGUCACUCAUUCAAGCCUCCCACUCUGGAAAGGGAAGCGCAAUGUCAACAUCACCUACACGCUCCUCCCCGCCCAGUCAGGGGUUCAAAAAAUCGAUGAUAUGGUUCGGUACCAAGCCAUCGACUCGGACAAGGUCAAAUCCGUCCACGGUGUCGAUACCCCGACGCCAGGCAAUCCUGGCGCUUGGGAUUGGCGCGGAAAAGGUUGGCUGAUCAUCGCCAGCUCGCACUGGGAGUGUCUUGGGUAUGGCGAUACCGAAGACGGUAAUCAGUGGAUUGUGACUUACUUUGCCAAAACGCCCUUCACGCCUGCUGGGAUUGAUAUUUACUCUCGCAACAAGGAGGGCCUUCCUCAAACUACUGUGGAUGGGAUUCUUGAAGCUCUCAGGGGCCAGGGGGUGAAGAAUAUCUCUGACCUUGCCGACGCGGCUUUCUCUAUCCCUCACAAUUAG